AAAAGAAAACUUUUAGGUUAUGUUAUGUUGUGACAUCAGAAUCUGACAUGACAUGAAUAAUGUUCUGCCAGUAAAAAGUUAUUUAUUUUUAAUUAAUAUUGUUUGAAUUCUAUUUUUAACUAUAUUUUUAGAUUUUGAAAUAGUUUUCAGUUUUUAAUAGUGCCAUCACCAAUCCAACAUGGAAAAAGAAGAAGACAAAUCCUAUGAUAAAAACAUUCCAAAAACUGCUAAAGACGCUGUGCUAGUUGUUAGCGAUAAACUGCCGUCAAAUACUGACAUAGUGAGAGGAUAUGAUUGGAAUGAAGGAGUGGACUAUAGCAAACUUCUGCAGAUGUACAAAUAUUGCGGUUUCCAAGCGACCCAUUUUGGUUUUGCGGUUGAUGAAAUUAAAAAAAUGUUGCAAAGCCGCGACCAGCCGUUGCCGGCCGAGCUGGACGACUCACUGGAGUCGGACGACUUCAUCCGACGUCGGUCCAACUGCACCAUCUUCCUCGGCUACACGUCCAACAUCGUCUCCUCCGGCCUGAGGGACACCAUCCGAUUCCUGGUGCAGCACCGCUACGUCGACUGUCUGGUCACCACGGCUGGUGGAGUCGAGGAGGAUCUCAUCAAGUGCCUGGCUCCCACUUAUCUGGGUAACUUCAAUCUGGACGGCAGACAUCUGAGGGAUAGGGGCAUCAAUCGUAUCGGUAAUCUGUUGGUGCCCAACGAUAACUACUGUCUGUUCGAGGACUGGGUCAUGCCCUUGUUCGACAAAAUGUUGGAGGAACAGAAUAAUAAGAGAACCGUCUGGACACCUUCAAAAAUGAUUGCCAGGCUAGGAGAAGAAAUCAACGAUCCCAAUUCAAUAUGCUAUUGGGCUGCAAAAAACAAAAUUCCGAUUUUCAGUCCAGCACUGACUGAUGGCAGUCUCGGUGAUAUGAUGUACUUCCACUCCUACAAGAACCCCGGUUUGAUCCUCGAUAUUAUUAGAGAUUUACGACGACUAAACACAAUGGCUGUGAAAGCUUCAAAUUCAGGCAUGAUCAUUAUCGGUGGAGGUGUUAUAAAGCAUCACAUCUGCAACGCUAACCUGAUGAGAAAUGGUGCUGAUUUUGCAGUAUUUAUAAAUACAGCGUCGGAAUUCGAUGGAAGCGACAGUGGAGCCAGGCCAGACGAAGCGAUAUCGUGGGGCAAAAUCAAAAGGAAUGCUAAUCCAGUAAAAGUAUAUGCGGAGGCAAGUCUAGUAUUUCCAUUAAUAGUAGGAGAAACAUUCGCCAAAUAUCACCAUGAGAAAUUAGCCAAAUCCAAUCAAGCAGAGAAAGAUGAAGAACCAGACGCUAGUGGAGAUAUUUGAAAAUAAAUAAUGUCCGCCAUA